AUGCAAGAAGAAACCACCACCUAUCGCCGCACGCCAGUUACGAUAUCGACACCGACACCAACGCCGACACCAAAACCAGCCAAAUCAUGCAAGUCGAAACCGCCGCCUAUCGUCCCUAGCCGCACAAAAGUUUCGAAAUCGACCCCGACACCAACAUCAACAAUCAGUGUUCACUCACUAGGCUGCCAUGCAUUGCCAGCUGAACCAGAUCCUGGGCCGAUCUGUGUCUGCACGAAUGGUUUCACAACACGGAUGACCGUUGCCUCUGAGUGCCCAACGACGAUCCCGGCCGAUUGGACUACGCAUGCACCAGAGCCAACCACAUCGACUAGUCAAAUCCCCUACAGUUAUUAUAAUAUUACAAAUGGGGCUCUCGUCCACUGUGCAUCGUCUGUGGUGUCAAAGCUAGACAUUUACACGGGGAUAACCGAAACUUAUUGCGCGGGCUCUACCUCGACAGACUCCAACUCGCCGGGUGUCACCUACACCACGACGCUGUGGCCUCAAACCACGACCGCAGUAACAUACGGUAACUGGGGAUAUUAUUCACCACCGGUAUCAUCGACGUUCACUUACAACGCUACUGCGGCUGCAUAUUCACUAGCGGUUAGCUUCUACACGGCUUUCAGCAGCGCCUGCCCGAGCUCUGCUGUUGCUACCGUCACGACCACCACUGAUACCUCUUUUAAUACAUUCGCGACACUUCCAGGCGGUGCGAUAGGCAGUUUUACGACUACAACUACGGAAGUCACCCUCUAUAGUUGUACCAACCAAGCAACGCCGAGCGCCGCGCCCUGGUGGGUCGCAUCUAGCGAGUCCGAAGAUGGCAUCGACAACAGUGGAACUCUAGCGGUUACCAUCACUGACUCUUCAUUCACGGAAGAGAAUUUCGUCAAAUGGCUUUGGGCUCUAUCAUAUAGAUUUGCAUAUGCGACCGUCAACUCCAUCAGCAACCAAACAAUCUACCGCGACGAGGGUAGAGAAGUGAUUUCAAUGGAGUUCCCAUUCUAUAGGGUCCCAACUGAAAUUAUGCUUGUGUACGGCAAUAGUAUCAAUAGUGGUACGGGACUAGAACGGUUAUCUGGGUCAGCGGUAUUUGAGGAGAGCUCUGAAGAAGAGCUAGCGUGCGAACUAAUGGAGGACAUGGAGGUACUAUUGGAUACGUUCCUCGCCUUUAUGGCAGGACCCGAAGGGGCAGCUCUUGCGGAAACUGUUGGUUUUACGAUAUCGUCGGACGCGAGGGCGAUCAUGCAGGACUCGAUGAAGGCCUCUAAAUUCGUGUUCGGUUGUCCGGGUGAAGGGUAA